GAGGAUAAAGCCAGACAUUUAUUCAAAAUACGAGUCAAAUUAAUGCCACGCAAUAAACCCAAAAUACUCUCUUAUGCCUUCCCAGUUUGGCCUGAAAAAAGUUUCAUAAAACGAGAGCAGACAGAAUGGCGUGACUGAUGCGAACAAACGAUGUAGUGUAAAUAUUUAUUCAACUUUUAAAUCUUUAUUUCGGUGCCUGAAAACUGUGGACUUUAUUUGGAAUAUUGUAAGAGUGCGACUGAAUAUUUGCUGGUUAUAAAUUGUAGCUUUUUUAUGUAGGAGACGCAACAGAUUAAAUUGUAGAGACACAGUCACGAACAAACACAAUAAACGAUUGUCAAUCAUUAAACUCGACUGUAGAGAUUACUUGUAAGUCUACAGAUAAGUGAAGAUUUGUAAUGCUAGAUAUGAUAGCUCCAUUUAAUUAACACAUCAGUUAUCAUUUCAGACGCUACGAGAGAAGGUUUGUCUUUAGUGUAAUAAAUAAGAUAAAGGGCCAUAUACUUCAAUACUGUUAUUGUAACAAAAGAAAUUAUUUGCAUAGGUUUAUAGGAGAUUUAAAAUGAUAGUGUAUUCUGUGAGUGCGUUUGUUGGUAGUAUAUGCAUUUCUGUAUAUCUCCUAAAAAUGCUUGUUUCCUUGCGAAAAUUUUUCCUACGAGAAGGCUAUGAUUUAGCCAAAAGGUACGGUAACGGAACUUGGGCUAUUGUCACUGCCCCAACAUCUGCAACAGGGUAUGGUUUUGCGGUACAGCUGGCAAGGAGCGGAUUUAACAUCAUUCUAAUUGGAAGAGACAUCGAAAUGUUAAACAAGCUGAGAGACUUACUAAUUCUUCGCUAUGGCGUCAAGGUUCGAACAGUCAUCGCCGAUUUUCGUAAUGCAGGGGACAUCGAUUUUUACACGGAAUUAUUGCGUCAAAUCGAAGACCUUGAUAUUUCUAUUGUCAUCCAUGCAGUCGGAUUGGUCGCUUUGUCCAGAAAAUUUCACCAACAAACAGCGGAAAGAAAUAGGCAGUGCAUGAUAGUAAACAUGUUUUCACCCGUGUUACUAAGCCAACAUUUAAUCCCACGACUUCAACACCGUUACCAUCGAAGCGCAAUUGUAAUUAUCGGCGGUGAAAACGCGAACCAACCGAUACCCGGGAUGGCUAUCUCAUCCGGAGCUAAAGCCUUUUUGAGACAAUUCUCCGUUGCUGCGUCUUGCGAGUAUGAGGACAAAAUAGACAUAAUGACAGUUCAACCGUUAGCUGUGAAGAAAGUGCUUGGUUCUUCCAAUAAAACCAAAGAUCAAUCGGAAAGCGUGUUUGUGAUUGACUCUGAACGGUUUGCUCGUGCAAGUUUAAAACAGCUUGGCCAUGAGCGUUGUACCAGCGGACACUGGAUCCACAUGGUACAAUCGUGGGUAUAUUCCAUUUUCCCCGAAGAACUGAAACUUGGAUUUUGGACAAAAGUUCUCCCACGGCAAAUGAAAAAUUCAGGAAACUCAGAAAAUAAAAAAAAUGGAACAGAUAGUGUUGAAGAGGAUGCACGAAAAAACAACUAG